AUGACUUAUGCUGGCAUGACUGUUCAGGCCUACCUCUCAGAAUUCCACAAUUCCAUCUCGCGCCUUCGAGCCCUUUCACGAAACUUUGCCUUGACUUUCAAAGUCUCCACAAUGAGCGCAGAGAAUCGUGGUUCGCUCGCUUACUGCGGCUCAAAUAAUCCACUCGCUGUUCCGAGCACGAUACGCAAGGAUAUCGUCGAACUCAUCAUAGAGGCAGCGCCAUCGAGUCUUAUCACAAACGGUCUGGGACGAUGGCUCUGCCCUAGGUGUUCCGUAGACAAAAAGAAUGCCGGGGAAUACUGGCUCUAUCUUCCCGCUUUCGGAUUCGAACAGUUCACUGGCCCUAACCCCAUGAUCGCGGUCCCUAAGGAGAAAUCCAGCAACGAAUGUCAAACUCCGGCAGCGACUCCGUUCGAAUUCGAAUCCGAAUACUCGUAUAGCGAGUCAUCCGACACUUCCGAGGAGGUUGAAUACGUUGACGACAAAAAUCGUGAUCAUUGGACCUAUACCAAGUACAGGAAAGCUGCCGGAGAAGCUGCCCAGAAAGGCCUCUGCGAAGACUGGAAGGAGAAUUUCUACCAGCAACUCACCAACUGGAACGGGGAGACUUCGAACUCAGCAUUCUACGCCAACUUGCCGCAGGUCCGUACUUGCCUGAACCAAAUUUAUUUUCUCGAUGGCGAGCUCCGUCGAAACUCUACUCCAUGUGGUUUCUCCAUCGCUCCGUACUUCAAAUACGAAUUCUUUCGGAAGGAGACGUUCGAGAGCAAGCUGCAACUGCAAAUGCAGGCCAUGGUCUUCCCGAUUCCCGGGCUUGAUGGGGAGAUGAGCAAGAAAAUCGCGUGCCCUAUAUGCGUGGUACGCCGCGACGAUCUCAAGCACGACGAGGAUUUUAAGAAGCACGUUAUGUCUGGUGGGGGCUAUCUCCCCGUACCAGCGAAAGAUCUCCCUUGGCCGCUCCACCUUGAGGGCAUCGAGGUUGUUAAACCAGGCGGCACUCUUGCAGAGAAUUCCUUUCGGAUCUACAUGAACAGCGUUGAGAAUCCGGAAACGCCGGAAGGUUUCGAGGACUGGCCGGAGGAGGCCCAGAACAAGUACACACCGGGAAUCAGAUGCACGAAUCCCCAUAAAGGGCAUGGGCAGUACGAUACACCAUGCCCCUACGUCUUAGGGAUGGGUGUGCAGUAUUUUCGGGAGGAAGGGUACGGUGUUGUGGGAAAACCUAUGCCACCGUUCAAUGGACCAGCUUUCGAGAAGUAUCCGAAGAUAUCUCCUAAGUUCUUGGCGCUGGUAGAGACGGAACUCGAAUGUGAUGAGUCAGAGAUUUCAAAGCCAAUGGAGGAGAGCCUGCAGGACAUCAAGGCAAGCGUGGGCAUUUAUGAUUGA